AAAAUCCUUUGCGUGUCUUCCAUCCACUUCAAUUGAAUUUUGCAGAUGAUUCACUGUGGCAUUGAAGAGCAGGUCCUCUGCCCGGGGCGGUGUACGCCUGCGCUUGUGUUAGCUGCAACAAAUACAACCCGAGGAAGGCUGAAAGCAGAAGACGCAAAGAUGAAGAAGAAAAAGAAGAGAGGUGGUAGAAAGAGGAAGAUGACAGCUGAGCAGAUAGUUGCUCACAACUUCGUGAAUGAAUGGGUGUUCUUAGAAAGUUCUUCUGUUUCCUUAGAUGUUGCUGAUGAAUUUGGGGUGCAGAAGGUCCGUGCCAGAGUAGCGGAGAAGGUAGUGUUUGAAUUGCAUUCUCACUCGACUUGCAGUGAUGGGUUCUUGCCCCCUUCGAAGCUCGUCGAGAGAGCUCAUGCCAAUGGGGUGAAAGUACUUGCUCUGACUGAUCAUGAUACAAUGGCUGGCAUCCCUGAGGCCAUGGAAGCAGCUUGCAGAUUUGGUAUCAAGAUAAUCCCUGGUGUUGAGAUUAGCACAGUAUUUUCCCCAAGAGAGGGGUCGGAAUCGGAGGAACCAGUUCACAUCCUUGCAUAUUAUAGUGGCUGUGGGCCUAGAAGGUUUGAUGAAGUGGAGAAAUUUUUGGCUAACAUUAGGGAUGGUCGUUUCCUUCGUGCAAAAAAAAUUAUCUCAAAGUUGAAUGAUCUCAAGUUGCCAAUCAGGUGGGAGAGCGUAGCCAGGAUAGCAGGCAAGGGGGUUGCCCCUGGGAGACUCCAUGUGGCUCGUGCAAUGGUUGAAGCUGGCCAUGUCGAGAAUUUGAAACAGGCUUUUUCCCGAUAUCUUUAUGAUGGUGGUCCUGCUUAUUCUACGGGAAGUGAGCCCCUUGCAGAGGAAGCAGUGGCAUUUAUCCGUGACACGGGGGGUGUAUCGGUGCUGGCUCACCCAUGGGCAUUGAAGAAUCCCAUUGCCAUCAUCAGGAGGUUAACAGAUGCAGGUCUUCAUGGUUUGGAAGUUUACAGAAGUGAUGGAAAACUAGCUGCACUCAGUGACCUUGCUGAUGCCCAUGCUCUUAUCAAACUCGGAGGAUCAGAUUAUCACGGGAAAGGUGGGCAUGAUGAAUCUAGUCUAGGAAGCGUGAACCUUCCUGUGUUAGCCGUGCAAGACUUCUUAAAGAUAGCCCGGCCAAUCUGGUGCAGUGCCAUUCAAGACAUUCUAAAUAGUUUUGCUGAGGAACCCUCUAACACAAAAUUGCAGCAGAUAACAAAAUUUGGUAAUACCCGGCCCCAUAAAGGGGUUUCCAGCUGUGGAAAGGAUUUGAUUGAAUUAUGCGUAUCUUCUUGGUUGACAGAUGAGGAAAGGCAGAAUGAUGAGUUUGAGGCCAUCAGGUUGAAGCUUUCCAAUAUUUCAAUUUGCCAGGGAAGGGGUCUAGUCCUGUGAGGAGUGGAUGAGCGAUGGUGGUCCAAUUAGAUAAUGUUUUGUUUUUUGGUGUUUCUUCUGCUAAUGUGGGUGUCAUAACAUUAUGUACAUUUUUUAUUUUUAUUUUGCUUGUCUUUUUCUUUAAUGGUUUUCUCAAGUAUAUUUUUGAAGUAGCUGUUGGUACUUUGUGAACCAUGAAGAAUUUUCUACAGGAUUUUAUGUAGCAAAAAACAGAGUUCUAUUA